GGGUUGAGUCUGGCAGGGUUUACUGAGGCUGUGAGGGUUAAGUCUGGCAGGGUUUACUCUGGCUUAAAGGGGUUACUCUAGCUGUGAAGGUUAACUGUUUAAACAUACACGUACUACUAAUUGUUAACAGUGAUACUGAAGAUAAAGAGAAGUCACAGGAAGCCCAGUAUGUGUGUUCUAUUAAUCCUGAUGAAAUUCCAGAUAUUCCUAAUAAUAACUUUUUGAUGAGACAACCUCCUAAGAAAGAAGAAAAAAAAGAGAAAUCACCACCAUCAUAUGGCACAGCAAGACCCAUACGAUCUGUACCUUAUGGAAGAAGAAUCAUGAAGACCAGUUCUGGUAGAAAAAUCAAAGGAAGAGGCACUAUUAGAUACCGGUCCAGGUCUAGGUCCAGAAGCACCACACCACCGCAUUGGAGGCAAGAACAACAACGAACCAAACCAUUCAGAGAAUUUGAAAGAAGUCAGAAGUCUCGGUUAUCUCCUGAUAAAUGGCAAAGUGGAUGGUCACCAAGUGAAUUUGCAGGCAAAAAAAAAGAUGAACGAGAAGGUACGAAUAGAGAAAGCAAGGACGAGGAGAGGAGACAUAAACACAAGAAAGAAAAACACAAAAGCAGAUCCAAACACAAGAAAGGUCACAAACACAAGAAAGACUCAAAGAAACACAAGAAACACCGUGGAGGGUCAGAUAGAGAAAGCUCUCCGAUGGAUGCCUCACCUUCUAAAGAGAGAAUGUCGACAAGAUCCGAUUCUGGUUCGCAAUCACAAGAAAUGAAUGGAAAGGAGGGAAAGAAAAAUUCUGGUGAUGCCUCAGAUGAAAGUCCUCCUCCUACUCAUUGGAAACCCGGACAAAAACCAUGGAAACUGAAACAAUCUGAUAAUGAUGAAUUGGAACGAGGAGCAGAGGAUUCUCCAUUGUCAGCAUCUGAUGAUGAAUUAAAGAAAAUUAUCCAGAGAAGUACCAAACAAGAUACUACUGUGACAUAUGCAUCUAAGUAUAGUCGCAGUCCAUCCCCUCGAUCGGAACACGAAUCAUCAUCACCUGGAGGAUCUCCAGAGAAAGAACAGCAGACGUGGGAGAGACCAACCAGAACACCAUCACCGAGUAAGCCAUCUCCGGUACGUCAGCUGCCUGCUAAACACAGAUUAAAUACAGGUACCCCAGAAAUAUCUAGUCAGCCCCGAAUACCUCAAACUCCGAGUGAGAGUGAGUCUGAUAGCUCCUCUAGUGAUGAAUCGGACUAUGCUGAUACGGCUCAGAAGAUACCCGAUGUGAAGAAGAAACCUAAAGAAAAUAAGGAAAGGUUCCAGUGGCAGCCUCCUGAAGAAGAGGAUCUUGAAGAAAGUGAGGAGCAGAGGAAAAGCAGAGUUGAUGAGGAGGAUGAGUAUCUGUAUGGAUCUGGAAAAGAUCCUGAAAUUGUUCCACCACCUUUGAAGUACUUUGGUGUUGACCAUUCCAUAAAGCAGGCAAGACCUCCGCAAAAAUAUCCUGAAGAAGCAGUUAUCUUCACAAAAGAAAAUAACAAAGAACUUUCCAGACAUCCCAUCUCUGAAAAGCCCUUGAGGCUGCCUCUUGAAGACAGAGCUGAAGAGAGAGUACAAAAUCUGGUUCAAGGAGUAAAAAAGGAUGAUUCCGAUAGGGUUAAAAAUUAUGAAGAAGAUAAAAGGUCUGGAAGUUAUGCUCGACUUCAAGAAGAUUAUCAGAGUAGCAAUCAGAAUGAUUACAGAAAUGAUGUGGACCCGCAAAAAACAUCCCAUUAUGAGAGAACAGAUGAGAAAAAAAUACAAAUCACUGUAAGAGAGUUGGGACGAACCAGCCGUGAUGAAAAUUAUCGCCCCAGUCUGAGUGACAAUAAGGAGGUGAAAAGGCAUUACAAUGAUGAUGCAUUGCAUGGCCGACAAAAGGCAUCUAUGAAAGAAGUUGAUUCCUUUUCACACAAAGAAGCCUUAGGAUUAGCAUCUCACCCAAAAUCUGUAUUAGGGGAUAAAUGGUUGUCUAUAGGAUUCUCUCAGGUUGAAACUCGUACUGCUCACGAGGAAGUGAAGAGCAACCCAUCAUGGGGAGGAGAUCAAUAUGAACAUGAGAGGACAGAGGAUGCCGAGAAUAGAGGUCAGGGAGAUGCAAAGCUACAGAAAGAAUCACCAAGACAUGUGGAAAGAGAGGAAGUUGUUCGAAAAUCUUAUCCCUCAGCAUCAAGACAACAUUCUGAUAGUGAAAGCCACACAGAUAGUGAUGAUGAUAGUAGUAGUACUGAAUACAGUGACAGCAGCAGUGAUGGGGGAUAUAGGAGAAGUACUAGACGCAAGAGUCCUGUGCGGCGGAGACGCCGAUACAGCUCAUCCGAGAGUUCCAGAAGCAGAAGCAGAAGCCGAAGUAGCAGAAGCAGAUCACGUAGCUAUGACAGAGGAAGCAAGCGUCGCAGAGGUGGUGGUAGACGAGGUAGAAGUAGAAGUCCUGUCAGAUCCUUAGGAAGAAGGAGAAGGUCAAGAUCUCGAAGUCGGAGCCCUGUGAGACGCUACAGGAGAUCUUAUAGUCGAAGUCCAAGCAGAGAGAGGAGAUCAAAUAAAUCAAGAGAUUACAGGAGAAGUAGAAGCCGAAGUCGAGAUAGAUACUACAGAGACCGGAGUCGUUCUAGGUCAUAUGAUCGAUACAGACGACGUAGAAGUAGGUCCAGGAGUAGAUCCAGAGGAAGACGCUAACUACAUGACAGACAUACAUUCAGAUACAGUCGCAGCAGGUAUACUCGCAGCAGGUCACAUGACAGAUAUCGUAGUUCUCCUAGCUACUCUCGUUCCAGGAGCCGAAGCAGUUCCUCUUACGACUCAGAUUAUUAAACUUGUAUUCAUUACUGGACUUGCCAUAAAUUGGCUAUGGUUACAAGUCUGCGACAAGUGUCAGCUAUACAGAGUCUUACAUUUAAAGUUACUGCCAACUAAGACAUCAGGAAUGCAUAUAUUUUGUAAAUCCUCAGCACAGUUUUAGGGAAAAAAGGCACAUAAGUAUUUGUUUGGCAGUGUAACUGAACCUGAUCAUUGAGAGAAUCUGGGAGGGGUUUAUAGGGUUAAGUAAGAACUUUGGUAAGUAACGAAAAUUUACUGAAUAUUUCAGAAUUUUAAUUUUAAAGGGGCC